UUCUCUUCCACACCGAGCAUCGACCCGACCGGCCAGUCUCUUUAUCCCACUGGGGUAAACAAGAAAGUUUAUCCGAGAUGUCUUGUUUUCAUAAACGGCCAAAAAGGACAAAAUCCGAGGAACAAGCAUUUCUGGAACACCUGAAAAAAGUUGCGAAGGAGAACGGAAAACGCCUGGGUUUGGAGGGAGAUUCAGAUCUCCAGUUCUUGUUGUUGGGAGGAAAACUGGUCAAGGUUCGCUCAAAAUCCUGGAAGCAUGGCCGCUACUUCAAACUGGAGGAAGACUGCCAGACCUUUUCGCAUGAGUCGAAGAAAGCAUUCAAGCAAAACCACACCUUCUCCAUUGAUGAUAUUGAAUCGGUUCGAAAGGGCCGCCAGUCUGAGGGCCUUAAAAAAUACACUGAUGCCAGCGUUGAAGACCUCUGCUUCUCCAUCAUCUUCAAGGGGCGCAAGAAGAAUCUCGACCUGAUGGCAGAAUCUCCGGAAGAUGUAAAUAAGUGGGUCAGCAGCCUGGAGAAAGUCAUCAACAACAUGCACAACCUCAGUAACCAGAAGAAGAGCGAACACUGGAUAUUCAGCUGCAUACGUAAGGCUGACAAGAAUGGCGACAACAUGAUGACGCUAAAGGAGGUGAAACACUUCUUGAGGCAGAUCAACGUUGAGGUUGCUGAUUCUUACGCAGCGGAGCUUUUUAAGAAAUGUGACACAUCCAAUUCAGGCACCCUGGAAGGUGAAGAGAUCAAGCAAUUCUACGACAUGCUGACAAACCGUGAGGAGAUUGAUGUCAUUUAUGGGAAAUAUGCUCAAACAGAAGGUCAGAUGAGCGACAGAGACCUGCUGAACUUUCUGCUGAACGAGCAGCGGGAGCAGGCGACUGCAGAGGACGCCCACAGGCUGAUUGAGAAAUAUGAAGUGGAUAAAACAGCAAAGCAGAACAAUUGCAUGACCAAAGAUGGCUUCCUGAUGUACCUGCAGCAGGACGACGGCUGUAUUUUGAACCCAGCCCACAGAUCUGUGUAUCAGGACAUGAACCAGCCCCUCAACCAUUACUACAUCUCCUCCUCACACAACACAUACCUGAUGGCAGACCAACUCAAAGGGCCAAGCAGCACAGAAGCCUACAUAAAAGCGCUGCUGAAGAGUUGCCGAUGCGUGGAGCUGGACUGUUGGGACGGGGCUAAUGGAGAACCUGUUAUUUACCAUGGCCAUACACUCACAUCCAAAGUGCUCUUCAAAGAUGUUAUCAAAGCCAUCAAAGACUACGCCUUCAAAACUUCCCAGUACCCAGUGAUUCUGUCUCUGGAGAACCAUUGUACAGUUGAGCAACAGAAGAUUAUGGCCCGUCAUUUGGUCUUCUUCCUGGGUGACGCUCUGGUCAAAAAGCCUCUGGGUGACACCAUGCCAAUUAACUUCCCAUCACCCGAGGCACUUAAGGGAAAGUUCCUCAUCAAGGGAAAACGACUGAACAAACUGGAUUCGAUCUUCACCAAUAACAACGUGAUAGAGGAUGGCACCGUGUCUGAGGAGGACGAAGCUGCAGAGUGUAAGGAGAAUAGCCAGAAAGAAAAACCAAAGAAAUCAAAGAUCAAACUCGACAAAGAGCUCUCAGACAUCGUCAUCUACUGUAAGAGCGUGCACUUUAACAGCUUUGAACACUCCAGAGAAAACCAGGCCUUCUAUGAAAUGUCGUCCUUCAAGGAGAGUAAAGCAUUCAACCUGGCUGAGACCUCAGCUACUGCCUUCAUGCACCACAACAUGGACAAACUCAGCAGGAUCUACCCUGCUGGCUCCAGAACCGACUCCUCCAACUAUAAUCCGGUGCCCAUGUGGAACGUUGGCUGCCAGAUAGUGGCGUUGAACUUCCAGACUAACUCCAAGGAGAUGCACUUAAACCAGGGACGGUUUUUGACGAACGGCUUCUGUGGCUACAUCCUGAAACCUGAAUUUCAGAGAAGCCUGUCCUCUCAGUUUGACCCCAGCACACUUACUGAAGGGUCGUGGCUGAAGAAGAAGAUCUUUCAUGUCAUGGUGAUCUCAGCUCAGCAGUUACCUAAAAUCAACAAGGAAAAGCAGAAAUCCAUUGUAGACCCUCUGGUGAAGGUGGAGAUCCAUGGUGUCCGGGCAGACAAUGCCAGCAAGGAGACACAUCACAUUGAAAAUAAUGGAUUCAACCCUAUGUGGAAUAAGAAAUUCCAGUUUGACAUCAGUGUGCCAGAGCUGGCCUUGGUGCGAUUUCUGUUGGAGGACCACGACACAGCAUCGCAGAACGAUUUUAUCGGGCAGUACUGUCUGCCACUCACCAGCGUACAGAACGGAUAUCGCCAUGUCCCGGUGCUCAACAAGAGAGGGGACAUCAUCUCUUCUGCCAGUCUGUUUGUGCACCUCAUGCUCCUGGAUGCCCCGUAGGCCUAUUUGCAAAAAGAAAACAAACCAACUUCACGUCUUUUGUAAACUCUAAUGGAAUUUAAAGCCCAGAUUUUAAAGCUAAAUAACUCGACUCUAGUUUUCGUUUUGUUUUUUUACAUACCACAGCUGCUGACUCACAAGUGUCUGACACUUUUAGGUUAUUGUAUAAUUUUAGCUUUUUAAAAGCUGGUUUGGUGGAGAGCCUUUAAAGUGACAAAGAAAGAAUGAAGUGAAUGAGAGGAAAAGUAGCCAACUAUACUCACCAUUCUCUGGAGAAGUUUAAUAAUUAAUGUGCAUUAUUUUGUGAGUUUUGUGUGAAUCUCACCUUAAAUAUACUGACAGUAGCAUAAUUUUUCUAGAUUCUCAGCAGCUUUACAGGAUAGUCUUAUGAGACUUGAUUUAAACUAUGUCCAUCUUGAUGCCAUAAGAGUGAAAGUCUUUAGAAAGUCUGCUAUCAAAAAUGUUUUGUUUACUGACAUAGUAUGUCUGUGUGCUUCUGUCCUUUCAUUAUGAAUGCAUUAUGAAUGCUCCCAGCAUUGUAUAUAGAAGAUUUUUAAGAUGGUGCCUGAAACAAGUUCUAAUAUUUUGUGUCAUGGUUUAUUUGUGUCUUCCAUUGCUCUACAGCAUUUUUACAGUUCACACAUUUUUGCACUAGCUCUUGAAUUAAACCACUCCCCGGA